AAAUAACAAUUCUAUUUCUGCUCUUUAGUCUUUACGCUAAUCUCUUUCUAUAUUUUCCUUUUAUGAUUUUAAAGUAAAAAGAAUAAAAAAGAAAAGAGAAAAGAUAUCUUUGAACCAUUGAUUGAAGUGUUUCAAGAAAAAAAAAAACCUUUUUUUCACUUGGAAUCAGAAGAAAGAGAAGAAAACAAAAAAAGAAAUGGAGAGAAACACGCCGGUGAGAAACCCUCACACUUCCACCGCCGAUCUGCUUUCCUGGUCAGAAACCCCUCCUCCUCAACAUUCUACAACCCCUUCCGCCGCUCGUUCUCACCAGCCAUCCGAUGGAAUCAGCAAGAUUCUCGGCGGAGGUCAGAUCACAGAUGAGGAAGCUCAGUCUCUCAAUAAGCUGAAGAAUUGUUCAGGGUACAAGUUGAAAGAGAUGACUGGGAGUGGCAUAUUUACUGAUAAGGCAAAAGUUGGGUCUGAUUCCGAUGCUACUGAUCCAAAGACUGGACUCCGUUACUAUCAGCAAACUCUGAAUGGGAUGAGUCAGAUAUCUUUCAGCGCUGACGGGAAUGUUUCCCCUAAGAAACCAACCACUUUAACCGAGGUUGCAAAGCAAAGAGAGCUUAGCGGAAACUUGCUCACCGAGGCUGACUUAAAGAGCAACAAGCAGAUAUCAAGUGCUAAGAUCGAAGAGAUCAGCGGUCAUAACAUCUUUGGACCUCCACCUGAGAUUCAGCCUCGAUCUUUGGCUGCUGCUCAACAAGAAGCUAGAGGUAACAGAGACAUGGGAGAGCCUGCACCAAGGAACUUACGUACUUCUGUUAAAGUUUCCAAUCCAGCAGGAGGACAAAGCAACAUACUAUUCAGUGAAGAACCUGUUGUGAAGACAUCAAAGAAGAUACAUAACCAGAAGUUUCAGGAACUCACUGGCAACGGUAUUUUCAAAGGCGACGAAUCACCUGGUACUGCAGAUAAGCAGUUAAGCUCAGCUAAACUAAGGGAAAUGAGUGGAAACAAUAUUUUCGCAGACGGGAAGUCAGAAUCCCGAGACUACUUUGGUGGUAUGAGGAAGCCUCCCGGCGGUGAAAGCAGCAUUUCAUUGGUUUAAGGACUGGGAGACUAUCACGUUUCAGGUUCUUUAGAGUUAAGUUACCUAGAGUCUUCAUCUAUUUGUACGGUUCGUUAAUAAACACUCUUGGUGUUGUUGUUUUUAGUAGCUACAUUGAAGUUCAUAACUUUAUAUAAGAUCCUUUGUUGUGACAA